AUGGUGGACAAUGUAUUAAUUGAUGCAUUGAGAUUUGUAGUAAGCCAUUUGAAUCAGCAUGAUUUGCUAACACUGUCUACCGUUUCAAAGGAGAUAAAUGAGAAAGUAGUGAAACCACAACUUUAUAAGAAUAUUAUUGUUUUAGAGGACCCGAUUAUCAGAAGCUCCAGAUGGGCUAUUGAUUGCGAUAAAACUUAUGUUUCAGGUUUCAAUUCGGUGAUUAAAACUAAAGAUCAAAAUGACAUCUUUUUGUAUGACAAGAUUCAAAGGUUAUUGGAUGAUGAGUAUGUAGAAAAUUUGAAAUACGUUAAAACUCUUUUGAUUGCAAAACAUUCAUUUAAUGAUAAAGAAACCAGUAUAUAUCUAGUACAGAAACUGAUAACGGAGAUCAUAAAAUAUGGAAAUGUUGAGAGUUUGAAAAUUUUGGAUCCUGUCAUAUUUCAUAAGGUAUAUUUGAAAUCACUGAAUUUAACUACUUUAAAGGAGGUCAAAUUACUUGACAUCAAUGAUAUAACUCAGUUGAAAACAUCGAAGAGAUUAAAGUCUAUAACCAUUGAUGGAAAUAUUGAAAAAAUUGCCCCUGAAACAAUUGCAUAUAUGAAUGAGAACUUAUGUGACAAUUUUUCCAACUUACAAGAGUUGCUAAUAAAUAAUAAGGAGAAUGGUUCCCUUAGAUUUUUCCAGAUCUUUUCAGAUUUAAAUAUAUCAUUUAAGAAAGUUGGGAUCAAAAAAAUAAAAUUCAGUCAUAUGCAUUCAAAAACAGGAUAUGAGUCAAUCAUACAACCAUUAACCAUCGAAUAUCUGGACAAAGUGUUCGAUUUAUCUCUUAUCAAGUCAUUAGAUAUAUCGAUAGGUUGCGAAAAUGAUGGUUGUGACUGUUUAUCUAAGUUCUAUAAAGAUUUAUCUAACAAAUUGUUAAACUUACAAAAAUUAUCAGUGACAGAAAAUACUCUGAUCACCAAGGGAGACCACGUUACGGAGGAAAAAUGGGAUAUUCUUCUUGGAAGGUUCCUGUUAAGCAUUCCUCACGUAUCAACGAAUUUAAAAGAAUUAAACAUUAGACAUAAUCCACCGCUAGAUGGGGACCAAAAAAAUAGUGUGGAUGGAAACUACUUUCGUAGGAGAGAUCUGUAUAAAGAAAUCUUGCUUAACCUAAGGGCAUUAAAAAAACUUACAUCACCCACAAUAUUACUAACUCUAAGUUGCUAUGAUAUUUUAAUUGGUGAUUUACUAUGGAAUGGCUGUACUUGUGAAUAUUGCCAGAAGGUACUACCAAUUCUUGACAAUUAUUGUAUGAAACAUUUACUCUACUUGGAACGACAAGCAUCAUACAUUGAUAUAUCAGUGACAAAUUUUUUUGCAUAUGUGAAUAGAGUACUUAACUCAAGAUUUUCAGACCAAAUUGAUUCAGAUUUUGAAAUAGCUACGACUGCUCCAAUGGCUAAAUUUUGGAACCUACAUGGGUUUGACAACAUUCGACAUUUCGAAGGUUAUGAAUGUAAAUAUAAUGAAACAGUCUUUCAAUUGAUUCCAACAGUAGUGACCCAUUUUUUUGAUGGGUAUAUGGAUACCUUAGUGCAAAUACUACCAAAUCUCGAAGUUGUCAUUUUCGCUGGAAUAUAUUACGAAGUGGAUCCAAUAACUCACGAGUACGAUAGCAUUUACGAUUGA